GUCUUAAGCCGAUUUAACAACUCGUCUAGGCUCAGUUUUUGAUGCUGAAUCUGAAAAAAAUAUUUUCAGAAACUCAGAGAAAGCACGAACCGAAAUAUAAGGCGUAUUUUGAAAAAAAUGUGUUUUUGAAAAAUACGACAUACUUCGAUUUUUUCGUAUUUUCCGAACUGAAACAGAUAUUUGUGUAAGGUAAAAAGUUGUUUUUCGUGAUCAGCAACUCUCACUCUAUCAAAUGAUGUAAAAAAAACGGCAAAAGAAAUUUUUACUUGAAUUUCGCAUUGCCGGCACCUUACCAAGUUACUUUUCUCGCCUUUCUAUCUAAGGUAUUUCUGUACUGGAGUAUAGAAAGCAGUAUGUAAGGAAAUUUUGGUACACAGAUGAAGCACGUCACGACUCUUUCCCGAACUGGAAUUGGUUUUUAAAUAACCCUGUUUAUGAAAGUGGAAAGCGUAAUGUUCGAUCUAAAAAUUCCCUCAGAAUCAAGUUCUAUACUUAAUACUCUGUUUCAAAAUGUAUGAGACAGUCGGUUACCUCUGUAAAGGUGCAGAACCUAGGGCGAUAGAUUCGAAACGUUUUAAACUUGCCGGAUAUCGGAUAUACUGAUUGAGGCAGCCAAAGCAGAAUAUAUUUCAAUUUUGUAUGGAAAUUUUGCAUCAGAAAUCAUUAAACAACAUAGUGCAUAUUGUUUUACCGACGAGAUGUACACAGUUAUCAAUUUAUUCUUCUUCUAAAAAAUCUAGUGAAGUGUAAAUCAAAAGUAGCGGCUGAAGCUGCCAAACAAAUGAAUCAGAAUUUGAACAUACAUGUCUUUAUUGCACCUGUGUCACCGGAAACAGAAGUCAUAUAUCACGAUCAGUAUCGGUAUCGUUAAUGCGCUAGACGACAUUGUUGCACGUACGUUGAUUUAUCGUUAAUAGACAGCUAGAGUUUCUGUAGUCAAUAGUUGUAAAGUAGUAGAAAAGUACAUUUUAUCUAAAAGUUUCUGCUGUCUUUAGGGCAAUAUAUUGAUCGACGAUGCGUUUAUCAUCGUAAGCUAGUGGUACAUUAGGCACAAAAGCAAGUGUUCAAGUUGUUGUACCAUUUUUAACUGAGUCAUAUUCAUCGGUAACUGAUCCAUCAGAAUCGACUGUUUCGAUUAGUACGUUAAAACAUUUUCCAUUUUUCACUGAACAUACAAUUCAAUGGGCAAGCCAACUGUUCGAGAAUACAUUUUUUUAUCCCACCCGUUCCGCUCAAGACUACCAGAAAGAUCCAAAAGCAUUUCUUGAACGUAUUGAAAAAUAUUCUAUAUAUCAAAAGAAAGAAGAAAUAGAGAAUGUUCUACAUAUAUUGGGACGUGAUAGAACAAAAUGUUUUGAAGACGGUAUUAAAUGUGCAAGACAAUUAUUUCAAGAACAUUUUCAUGAUACAAUUGUACGAUUAUUAUUUUAUUAUCCACAUGUUCUACUUACGCAUAAUGGUGAAUAUUUUUGGAGUGGUGAUCGACUGUGUCCACAUGAAACUGAAUUUGAUUCUAAUAACGAAUUACAUAUGGACUUUGUAUAUGCAGCAUCGAAUUUAUAUGCUGAGAUGGUUUUAUCGAUACACGAAAAUGAUGAACAAGUAAAAGCCAGUGUCAAUAAUAUAGAAGAUGAAACUGUUGAAUUACAACAAAUGGUACAAAGACUACCAAAAUUAGAGGAUAUACUUAAUAUUGAAUUAAAACCAUUAGAAUUUGAAAUAGAUGCUGGUACGAAUUUUCAUAUUGAUUUUAUAACAUCUGCAUCCAAUUUGCGUGCUGAGAAUUAUGAAAUUGAUCCGACUGAUAGUAGUCAAGCAAAACAAAUAGUUGGACGAAUACUAUCAGCUAUAGUAAUAACAACAGCAAUGGUAACCGGUCUUGUUUAUUUAGAAGUAUAUAAAUUUGUACAAAAACAUAAAAGAUUGAAUCAUAUCGUAAUAGCGUAG